AUGUAUGGAUUUUAUUUCACUCUUUUCACUAAUCCUGUUGGCUUCAACUCAAAAUACUACACAUGGUUGUUUGAUCCUAUGAUUACAGAAAACCGAUUAUCAGAGUAUCACAACAUACCUCAUAGCAUUAACAAUAUCCUCAUCGUGGCUGUUAUGUGCUUUAUGUAUGGUUGGCUUUAUUUCAUAGUUCAAGAGAAAAUGAGUAUGUUCAGUUGGAAGAGUAGAAGACAAGAUUUGAGUUUUCAAAUACUGAUUCAGUCUGCUAUGAUUUGUUCUGUGAACAUGGUCGCUGCUAUCACCUUUGUUCUGAUGAAUUUCGUCAAACUUCCUAUCAUCAUCAUAAUUAUUGCUCAUAAAACGUGGCAACUCAUACAUGCAUUUCCUGUUUUUAUAUAUCUAGUGGUCAACAAAACGAUUCGAAAUGGACUAUUGAGAAAAUUGAGACUGAAGAAUCGAGUUUCUUCAAUGGCAUCAUAUAAUCCCUGA